UUUGUUGUAUAAUAAUGUAUGUGUAAUAAUUUGCAUCAAACAAUUUAUGAUGCAAAUUAUUAUUAUAUAUGUUAUGGACAAAGUGAUGAAGGGGCAUUAUGCAUAAUUACGGGGGUGACACUGCCUAUGCUUCGCUAUGUUUUUGCGUGUCCCCUUGAAUGUCCUGUUCAACCAGAAAAUCCGCAAGAGGCGCUAGUUCCGACCCGUAUCCGUCAAUUGCGUUCACGUGACUGCUUACUGCCUGUCAGCGAUUGUUGUGUUCUGUAGGUUAUGUUUUGUUGGUUUCGUGGGUUUCGUGCGUUUUAUGUUUGGUACAUUUUAUAGCGAAAACAAUUGUGAAAAUUCCGUCAAGUAUAUCAAAUACGUCGACGUCGAGUAUUAUUACAAUGUUUGCUGUUCAUAAAUCUGUUUUUAAAUAGAAUUUUUUACAACAGUGCGAGUGUUGCGUUGUACGAAAGAGACAUUAAACAAUUUCAUAAUUGUGUCGGUCCUUGAAUGAAAUGCCUACCUGCGUAGUGGCAGGCUGUACCUCGGGCUACAGAAGUAACCCCGAGAAAAAACGGUUUUUCUCUGUUCCAAAGAACGAAAGUGUGCGCCAGCAAUGGCUGGCUGCUGUACGUCGAAAGGACAUGCAACUGACACAGAAACAUUACGUGUGCGAAAACCACUUUUACCCGAGCAGUAUUAUAUGGCAAAAAAUACUGAAAGAUGCGGAUGGAAAUGUAAUCGGUGUGGGUGCUAGAACCCAAGUUCCGCGACUGGAACGUGGCACUGUUCCGUCUGUUUUCCCAUGGUCAGAAUUUGUCGACACGGAUCAGUUGAGAAGCGCAGCGUCGGUCCAGGUCUCCGUUUCAGCAGCAACUGCGGAGGUAGCACUGGGUACUUCGGAGAGCAAAACCCCUAUCGAGGUGUCAUUCUCGAAGGAAGCUUCUGAAGCUACAGCGGAGGCAGUCAAAUCACUUGAAGUAAUGGAUACUUCUGAGAGCAAACCUGUUAUCGAGGAAUCGACAAGAAUGCUGUGGACGGACUCGACGGUAUCAACCGAAUCAACAGCAGUGACAGCUCUGAUGGAAAAAUGUAGUGCAGACGUUUCGCGUAAGUACUGUUCGUAUGCCGAAGAAUUGGCAGGUGGCAGACAAAACUUUCAAUGGAGUCCGCUUCAUUGGAUUUUAUACGAUCAAUUAUUGUAAAGAUUUCCGAGAUACUAUCUUUCUCAAGAUUGAUAAACAAGUAAUCCUAUCCGAGGAUAGCGAGGGCAUACGUGCGAAGAUUAAUGUUAUGGGCCAUUCCGUCGGUGCUGCAAUUGGAUUACUCGAGGAACCGAUCACUGAGAUUGAGCAUCUCGAAACCUUGCUGAAUGAAGUGGACGGUAUGAAGGUCUGUACCGGUUCUGUUGUACGAACUUGCAGGCAUGAACUGCAGCGAGUAGAUUACCAUUACGCUUACGAAGACAGAUCGGGCAAGUGGCGGCAUAAUAACUGUCCGUUGUUGUUGUGCGGCAGCAAAAAAGCAUGCGAGCAUUGCAUUCGUUUGAAAAGAGCAAUGGCUAAACGUGCAUUGCGAGCGAAACAAUGUGAGAAGAAGAGCCAAAGUAUACGCCUAACGCAUUCACCGAGAGAACAGAAGCUGUUACAGCGUGUGCAAAAACUAAAUGCAGCGGCCAAAAAGAGAUCUCGAGCUUUACGCUCUCUUAUAAAGUGGAAAGCCCAAUUUGCGGGAAAUGAAGCCAAAUUACAGAAAAUUUGUAAAAUGAAAACGGAACAACUGCCGACGGACCAAAAUAUUACGGAGAAUCAGCGUACUACGAUACAGGAAUUUUUGCAGGCAAAUUAGUGCAAAAGCUCCAAAGGGAGACGAUACUCCCAAGCAUGGAUCCUGCUAUGCAUGUUACUGCAUAUGCGUUCUCCCCAAGGAUAUAGAUUCCUACGCGAUCAAAGCGUGUUGCCUCUACCCGCCGUACGGACAGUUCAAAGGUAUCUCUCUAUCAUCGAUACAAAGUGUAGAUUCGAUGAGAACUUUUUGAAAUUAUUUGCCGAAAUCAUGGUCGACAAACCAGACCUGCAGAGGCACGGAGCACUUCGCAUCGACGAAAUGUCCACUCGCAAAAGCGUCAGCGUUAAGGCUCUUGGUAGCCGUGAACUCCGCGUUGACAGUGGCGACAUAAUUGUGGAAUAAAAACCCAGUCGAUUUAUUGUAUAAGUAAAUAGUGUAACAGUUUGACCUAAUCAUAUGAUUCGAUAAAAGUAAAUUACUGAAUAACAUACAAAAUGCUAAUUUAUAAUUUAAAAAUUUGUUUACAAAAAAAUUAACGCGAUAAACACAGAAUAUAUAUAGCUUAGUACCGUUACCGAUAUGUCCAUAUGACAGAAAUUUUUAUGCAGCGUCUUAGGUGAAGAAAUCGAUGAACUAUUAGGCGUGAAAAAAUGACAUGUUGACUACCCAAUUUAUUCUUGCGUGCCAUUUCGUUAAUAUUCGUUAAAUGUUAGUGCUGUGAUAUGUGACGUGUUCAUGAAACCUGUAAAAUUAUCCGAAAACUAAGAUUAGCAGGGAAAGCCCAACGUAGAAGGAGUAUUUUCUACUCAUACAGACAGCUGUCAACCGUGUGUUUCCUCGCAAAAUUAGGCUUCAUUUCACGGUUGAUUUAACGAUUGUUUAUAACCUGUCAAGGAAAAAGCAUAGUUUUCGGACAAUUUUACAUCUUAAAGCGAUCCAGAAUGUUGCUUUGUUAAAUUAUCAGUUUAUUUAGAAAUGGCACGCAAGAAUUCUCGGCGUGUCAUUUCUCGCUUCUGACAUCACGAAUCUAAUAUGGCUACGGUGACUACCCAGGAGCCUUAAGAGUACCAAUCUAACAUACAAAGGUCUUGUGGAUUUUGGUGAAGAUGAUCACGUCACAAAUACCGGUGACGAGUAUUCUACUUUUAGAUUUUAAGAACUUGUAAUUGCUUUAUCAAACAUUGUCGAUAAGUACAUAGUAUUGACUUUUCAAGACUUUAUAAAUAGCUUGAAUUUAUAACCAAUCAGGAAUCAUUCAAUCAUUACAUAUUCAGCCUACAGAGUACGCCAUCUUCUGACCAAAUACGCAUGACAUAAAAGUCACCAUUAAAAACUUUACAGUUCGGCCAGCCUGAAAAUAUCAUUCGUCUCGAAUGAUUAACAAUUUUUUAAAAAUAAAAUUUUAA